CCGGAAAUCGCUGCACCAGCAGAGGAGGAGGAGGGGGUAAAAGAAAAAAAUGGCGAAUCUCGUGGAGGCGACAAGUCAACAGCAGUUUGAAGACUUCUUAGCCAAAGCUGGAAAAUGCCUGACCGUGGUGCAUUUCCAGGCGGCGUGGGCUCCUCAGUGCGCUCAGAUGAACGACGUGAUGGCCGAGCUGUCCAAGGAGCACACGCACACCACGUUUGUGAAGCUUGAGGCGGAAGCGGUGCCGGAGGUGUCGGAGAGGUAUGAAAUCGCCUCCGUGCCCACUUUUCUCUUCUUCAAGGGUGGCGAGAAGGUGGACCGCCUGGACGGGGCGCAUGCUCCGGAGCUGACCAAGAAGGUACAGCGCUUGGCAGUCACCGGGAGUCCGGGUGGAGCUGCGCCGAGCCCCGCGACAGACCUGAACCAGCGGCUGAAGAAGCUGAUCAACGCGGCCCCCUGUAUGCUCUUCAUGAAGGGGUCCUCGCAGGAGCCCCGCUGUGGCUUCAGCCGGCAGAUAGUGGCCUUGCUGAAGGAGCACAACAUCCAGUUCAGCAGCUUUGACAUCCUAUCCGACGAGGAGGUCCGACAGGAGCUGAAGACCUACUCCAACUGGCCCACCUACCCUCAGCUGUACGUGAACGGAGAGCUGGUGGGAGGACUGGACAUCGUGAAGGAGCUGGCUGAGUCUGGGGAGCUGGAGAACACCUGCCCGAAGGCUGUCACCUUGGAGCACCGUCUGAAGACCAUCAUCAACCAGAGCCCAGUCAUGCUGUUCAUGAAGGGCAACAAGGAGGCUGCGAGAUGUGGCUUCAGCAGGCAGACACUGGAGAUCUUGAAUGGUACCGGGGUGCAUUACGACACCUUUGAUAUCCUGCAGGAUGAAGAGGUCCGUCAGGGGCUCAAGACAUAUUCUAACUGGCCGACCUACCCCCAGCUCUACGUGAAAGGAGAGCUGAUUGGAGGUUUGGACAUACUCAAGGAGCUGAAGGAGAGUGGAGACCUGGUUUCAGUGCUGAAGGGGGAGUCGUAGGUGCAUCUGCCGGGCCACCAGAGAGAGGGGAACAAGAAGCUACUGCACAUACCCAAAUCGGCCCCGUGUCGCUACAUAUAGGGACAGGAAUGGAAAGAGAAUUUAUGAAGAUAAUUGAAUUGUUCACUUAUAACUAAACUGUUGUAGCAUUGAGAUAGGUUCCUAAGAAAACUGCAGAUAACAAUGAGAAUUGACCUUCAGUAGUGUUACUUGAGAGUUUGGCUCUUAGUCAUUCUUAAAUACAUCUUCAGCAAUGUUAGAGUUAAAAGUUAAGCAAUCCCUUUGCUUGGCCUAAUUUUAUAAUAAUAAUAACAAUAUACUUAGAUCAUAUUAUGGUGUCCACAUUUCUGUCUUUUUCAGUAUUCAUAACCACACACUUUAGAACUGGGUUAUAUUUAGGUAACCUUUAUUUGCCAACUGGAUUUUCAUGCCGUCCUGUCCCGCUCCUGUCCACACCUUCUUCACCUGAAAGACAGAAAAACUGUAUAAUAAAUACAUAUAACUAUGUGGCACUUAUUGAUACUUUGUUCAUCAGUAAUAUGAUUAAACAAUAAAGAAAAAUCUUAAGACA